AGAAAUGGAUUCCACAAAUCUGUUUAAUGGGGAAGACAACUUCAAGAUAUAUACUACCUUCGAAACGACGAACCUGUCUUCGAUGUCAGUUGGUACACGUACAGAUAUGCAAGAGACAUGGUUCGGAGUGUACUCUGUCACGGCAACAAACAGUCAGGGAAGCAAAAAUCUGCGUUUUACAGCUGUAGCGAAAGGAAAACCAAGUCCUCCGUACGGGGGUACAGCUGUUUGCCCUGAUGUAGAUCAAGCCACUCUGAGCUGGACAUCUGGAUUCAAUGGGGGAUCUAGUCAAACGUUCAUUGUUGGCAUACGAAACGAUAUGCGGAGCAGCAUUACGAUCGAUAGAAGUACCAACCAAACGGACCCGGGACGAGGCCAUUUUGUUACCACCACAGUGUAUGGCCUGAAAGCUGAAACAGAGCAUUUCUUCACAGUGUAUGCUGUAAAUGAGAUUGGCAACUCAUCAUUUCCAGAAGAAGUUAAUUGUACAACUAAAGCAAAACCUCAAGGAAGUUCGCUAGGAGCUAUUUUUGGCGGAUUAGGAGUAGCAACAGUUGGACUAAGUGUGCUCGUUUUCGUCGUUAUAUUCAAGAGAAAGACAUCUGAGAACAAACGUAAAGGCGCUGAUGAAGAGAUGAUAUCAGUUGAUCAGAGAAGAUCUGUUGACGAGGAGAGUUCAGAUGGCAUGAAACCCAAUAUUCUAUAUGAGUCAGCAGGGCUAAAACCUAACGUUCUGUAUGAGUGUUCGGGUCCACUACCAGGAAGUUCGUCUGAAUAUGCUGUGGUUGAGAAAUCUUCCAAGAAUAAAUCUGUAUCACCGGAUGAUGUAUAUGCUGUUGUGGACAAAUCAAAGAAACCAGAAACUACGGAUGACGUGUAUGCAGAAGUUGUCAAACCUAAAAUAAAGAAAGGCAAAGAGAAAAAAAAGCAAGGCAACGUAAAGCAAAAAGGUGGCAUUGGGAAAAGUGAAGGAAAUGACGUCUAUGCCAAUUGCAAGGGAGGAGAAAAAAAAGUUCCGGAGGCAGGACUUAAUCGUCAAAAGAAUCAAGAUGGUCUCAUCUACUUGGAUGUGGAGUUCAAAGGAGAGCAGGAGAAAGGCAUGUUUACGGUUAUCCAUGGCGUCGAAAACAGAUCAGAUUAUGCAGAUGUCGAUUUCACCAAGCAUGCCGAACCCUUACCACAGGAGAACGAGCAACCAACGGGGGAUGUUAACGUUAAGUAAAAUUUAAAGCAUCGUUAAUGACUUGCUGGACAUCAACGAUCUUUUAUUCAGAUUAUUAUGUCCUUACUGAAUUACUACAUUCACUCAUCUUGUUAUACUUGUCUAGUUAUCGUUCUACAAUACAAGCAUAACUUACUAUUUCAUCCACGUGUACCAUUUGCCAUACGUUUAUAUAUAUAUAUAUCAAAGAUGUGGCGUCACAUUUAUAAAGAGGGAUCCGUCUGUAGGAAGAAGUUACAUAUGCUUUAGCUCGUUUUUGAUACCAAAGAUUGUCCGCAGCACAGUUUGCUAUUUUUUAACAUCAAUUAGUAAUAUAAUUAUGCCUAUGAAUCUUGAAAAAGCAUUUCAAGAUCGGUCUCGUGCUCUACAAGCACUAAUAUUCACAUAUUUAUUAUACAUAUGUAUCAUGGAAAUAAUGAAGUAAUUUCUUUUUUAAAUAAUGAUUUGUUGAUGAAGAUCUAGGAAAUGGUCAGAAGAAGGCAACCCUAUACAGAUUUAUAAAACAAACAAUAAACAAUAAUAAGGCACUCCUGGGUAUGCUUAAAGAAGUACAGUAUGUUGCCACACAUUGAAGAAAUAAUUUGCUAAUCAUGGGUAGUUUCAGAUGUAGAUUGUAGUUUUAACGUUUCAUAAUAACUUUUUUGAUAAUGUUGUUACAAGAAUGCAUCACAACAAUUGAAUGGACGACGAUUUGUGAAAUCUUGAAUCUGAGUCAUUGAUAUUGUUACAUUGAAUUUGACGAACGGAUAUCAUUUCGCUCCUGUGGUAUAUCUUUUUAAACACAUGUCAUUCCAUGUAUCACCUUAUACUGAUGAAAAAUAGCUGCUGUACUAGCUAACACAUAGGAAUGAAAGCAAAAGGAGAUUGCAUGCAAAUAAGAAACGAGAAUGGAUAUCGUUAUCAUCAGUUUAGUUGUCAGUCAGGCAUAGCAUGAAUGUUGAAUAAUGCAGGGUUAUAUUAUUAUUAUUCUUAUAUAUAUAUAUUAUUUUGCUAAAAUGUUUAAAUACUGUUCGCAGAUUGCAGAGGGGGUUUCAGUUAUCCACGCCAGACGUACAGUUAUUGAAGUGUAGUUUUUUCUAGUAAUUUUUGAGAACGAAUGAAAAUGAUAGAAAGAGACUUAAGAAAGGAGAUAAAUAGUAAUACAUGAAGGAUGGAGAAGUGUCUAUUGAUAUAUCCGAGUUUUGAUUUUGAACUUCAUGUUGAAUGAACCGUCAUGUUAUGCGUUUGUAUGAAAUAUGACACAACGACAAUGUAUCAGCAACUUCAAUAGGACAGUGGUACACAGUUGUUGGGAGCUACACCAGUGGAACAUUGUUCGUUUCACGGAUCGGUUCAGAUUAUGCUUGUUACGUGUUGGAAAUAGGAGUAGAGUCUCGAAACUUUUAGAUGAACUCUUUGCGAACUAUUUCAUCGUUAAACGGGACCGUUUUGGUGGUGAAAGUAUGAUGGUCGGGAGCGGUGUUCUGGUGUCAACCGUACACAGCCUGCGGUAGGUCAUUGAACUUCGAAUAUAGUGCGAAAGUAUGAGGCCGGAUAUACUCCUAUUCUUAUGACAUCAUGGCGCUGGCUCUGUUUUUCAAUAAGAUAACUUGCAAGCACAUACUAAUCAACUGCAGAACUUUGCUGCUGCAAAUUAAUAUUAAUGUAUUUUUUGGACAUCUAAAUCACCCGCUACGUCACCCAUAUAUUACGUUUAGGAAAAUAUCGGGCGAAUCAUUAGGUAACGGCAAAAUCAGCAGUCCACCUUGCAGGAGCUUGUUCAAGUACUGAACGAUGAAUUGGACAAUAUCUCCGCUCACCUUAUCUACCAGUUGAUAAUUUCAAUGCGGCCAUUACUUCUUUUCCAAAACCAGUUCAAUGAAACUUACAGGAAGAUUAUAUAGCUGACCAAAAUUGUGAAUUAUUUGCAUCUUGACCCCGGGGCCUUGUAUGGGGCUCAAAAUGAUCAAAUAUACCAAAUUAUCAACAGUCAUCCUUUUCAGUUCCAAAUAUGCUAGAACACUUUUCAUGGAUGCAAUUUUAUCAAAACAUUUUAAUCUCAAAAUCCAUAAAUUACCCAUUCCAUAAGGGAAGGGGAAAACUUACUUUCCUUUAUAUAGGGAAGUUACACCAACAUAUUCUGUUUAUUCCCAAUAGGACAUAGAGUAGGUAAGAAUCAAGAAUCAUUGUUAUUGAUUGACAUAUUGACAGUGCGAGAAUUAUAACCUAACUCACACUUGGGGCUUUCGGGACAGGGUCCAAAAGGGAAAAUUGUAUCAACCGCUUUCGUACUUAUGCUAGAAUCAAACAAAACUUCUUAUGCUCCUACCUAAGGUUCUUCUCAAAAAUGAAUUUCCUUACUCAUUAUUAACCAUUCCCCUUGGGGAGGGGCAUGUUUACUAUAGUGUAUAAAGUGUAUACAAGUCAAUAACGUUUUUUUGUAAAUUUCGUUGGAAUUAUUAUCGUGGAUUGCCUGAUUGAUGUGAAAAUUACGACCCUGACUUGGCUUGUAGGGAUUGGGGGAUAGGACUAAUGCGAGUGGGUCAAAUUAUAUAUAUAUUUUUUACCCAAUAUCUGUGAAAAAUGUUUCCUGUUCUCAGCCUGUACAUACUUUGCUCUUAUACUACAAUGCAAUGCAUUACGUAUGCAUAAAGAACAAACAAUUUGUUUUCUUUAUAUUGGAUUUCAGUGUAAUAUCAUUGUUGUGUUACGCAUGGUGUCAAGAACCAAAUAAUAAGUAUAAUGAUAUGUUUUACACUGUAAGAGAACAAUAAAACGAUGAUUGACGACUGGUCACAAAAAUCCGCUCUAUUCACAAUAUUUAGAAUAUGGUGUAACAAUAACAGUAACAUUUUUAUUAAUUAAGAUACAUUAUAGAUGAAAUAAAUAGACAAGUGAAUGGAUUUCCAUUGAGUACAACAUACAUGUUUCUUGUAUGACAGAAUUUACCAAUAUAAUUCAUUCGUGGUUCGGCCUUUAUUUACACGGUCUACUUUUACUAAAGUAUUACUUUAAUCACUUCUACAGUUUUUAAAAGCAUCCUUUCAUGAGGCGAUAACAUGUACUAAGGUUAAAAUAAAACUGUUUUGUAAUAUAUUAAUGUAUUUGUGUCUAAAAAGAUGGGUGCCAAUGUUGGCCUUUGGUGGCUACCACAGAUAACUUUUAUUUCUCUAUAUAAUUACCUUGGGGCUAUGCCGUCAUGAUAGGACAUACAGUUAAGUUAAGCUGGAGGGCAAUUCCGAAAUAUGAAGGGCUAAAGAGGGGGACUUAUAUCACUAUUAGGGGGAAGAGAGUGGACUAAUAUCACGUAUGGGGUCUAUUUGACAACACUGCAUGUUAUUAUUUUCCUUUCAGAUACUAUUUUGUGGUGUAACAUUUGUUUGUGGCUUUUGUGAAAAACAGCAUAGUUAUUAUGAAAAACAAAUAUAAAAAGUAUGGAAAGUAACCCCCUCCUGCUUACAUUUUGCCCCCCCCCCCCUUUAUAUCUGGUUCAGAUACUUAUAAAUACAAUUCACAUUGAUUUACUUUUCAACUUUCGGUCAUUCAUAUCAAAUGUAGUUUCAGUGUUAUACAAUACAUCACAAUCAUGUAAAAAAGUUUAAAAACAACAUGUAGUUUUGUCAAAAAGAGACCCUUUGUUUUUGGUGGCCCUUUUUAAGCUUUCCUAUUUCGGAAUGGUCUCCAAGCUGAACUUAAACUCAUGUCCUAUCAUGAAGGUAAGUAGACAAAACAUAAACCUUAUCGUUGAUGGCCACCAGAAGGCCCAAAUUGGCACCCAUCUUUGUUGAAUUUCAGAUGAUCAUAUUUGCUGUUCUAAUGCUGUUUUAUCAAAUUCAUAAUAAAUUUAUUUCAUCGAAA